AGCCCCUCCAAAGCCCCGCCUCUUUUGCAUGUAUUUCGUACCUCCCCGCGACGUUAAAAUACCUAACCUAACCUUUUACAAGUUACAACAGGUCCAUCUGCUUUUCUUCUCCUUAUUAUCCCACCGGUUCUUUCCCAGCCUCUUUCUUCUUGUAUAUUUCUAACGCGUAUAAAGUCUUGUUUCCUAUUACAUACGAAUUAUAUUUGCCGUCAACUAUUUUAAUUUUCUUUUCCUUCCCGAGAGUACCUACCUAGGUAAAUAGGUAAAUAGGUAAAUAAGUACAAUACCUAUACCUAAGCUCACGUUCAGCUAUCUCCGACGCUAUAAGAUCUAGGAUUAAUCUGGUGCACACGAAAAUUAGUAUCCACCGUCGCAUAUCGAUCCGAGCCCAAUAACGCUCGCUUGUCGCAUCUACAUCUACACUCCGAGUUUUGUUCUACGUUGGAAAACAUGUCGAGCUUCGUAACAGAUCUUUGGGAAUCUAUCUUUACCCCGGGAACGACCCCGACUCUCCUAGUCGCUACCAACGCUACCUUCGCCGCUUUACAGCUUGUACUUUUUCUCCUGUUAGUUGGGACAUAUAGUAUUCACUUCGUAAUACUCUCCUUCUUGUGCGGGGGCCUCUGGUGGGCUAUCAACUGGUUCGCGGCCGAGUUGAAAGUGGCGCAGGACAAAGAGGCCCGGGAAAAGGCACGUUCCGAACAAAGAGCAGUCGUGCAAUCAUCGGACGACAGCGAAGAUACCGAAGUAGAGACUGCAUUUAUCGCAAGAGGGACACCUACUACGGGAAGCAAGCAGGUAGAGGUCAUAGAACAACCGGGAAACCUAAGGCUUCGAACGGAACCUUCAUCGGGAACGAAAUCCAGCGUUAGUACGGAGGACGAAUGGGAGAAGGUGUCUGAGAAUGAGAACGAGAAGGAAAAAUAAACCAUGGAGUUGGUGAAAUAUAAUAUCCACACAUUUAACCCGGGGUGGCAUUUGCGGAAGCAUUUAUAGCGAGGUUGGGUCAGUAGCAUAGAUACCUUUGCAUUUCAGGACUUCAGCGAUGAUUAUCAAGUUCACUCUCAUCUACCUACGUCUAUACCUACGUCUACUACCUGUAUGCCUAUCAUAUUGGUGAAAGGAUAAUCACGUUUGUUCCUAGGUACUUACCGUAGGUAUUUACCUGAAAUUUAGGUACUUAGGUAGCUGUCAACAUAGCAUCGCUAGCUAACUCUAGGUAAUUUUACGAACACGGUCUGAAAUAUACCUAGUUUAUAUAUGCUCAAAUGAAGCUUUUAACUGAGUUACAAAACGUCAACUCAGAUUAGGUACCUAGGUACAUGUCGAUUAGGUUAGGUACAUUGGUACAUAUAUAUGAUAGCUCUAUAUCACGUGACCGUACGCAACCUGCAAUUG